CCUUCCUCUCUGUUCUCUACUUCCUCCUCUUUAUAAUAUAGAUAGUCUGCUUCUCAGUGCCAUUAGGAUGUUCCUAAUACGUGCCUUCCGCAUCCUCAAAGACGCCAUCUUAUCUACUCUCCCGCUCCACACUCGCCUCCGCCUGUUACUACUCCAACCCAUCAGCUUAAUCACAUAUACCAUCGAAUGGUAUGUUUCCCGCCAGUUCCCGUAUACAAGUGAGAUUCAGAUCCCUCUCAAACGCCGAGCCGGCUCUGUCCGAGCCGUUGUCUACACCCCUAAAUCCUCACCAUCGCUGCCCCCCAGAAAGAAACGUCCCAUACAUCUUAACAUUCACGGAGGAGCGUUCCUUGGGGGCCUUCCAGAAGGUAAUGCGCGCUUCUGUUCGGAACUAGCAGAGAAGACCGGAGCAGUCGUGAUUUCCAGCUCGUACCGGUACGCCCCGCGACAUGUCUUCCCCGCUGCGCACGAGGACGUGCAAGAUGUUGCAAGCUUUCUCUUGGAGAAUGCGGAGAAAAUCUGGAAUGCCGAUUCUGAACUAUUCACUGUUAGCGGGUUUUCCGUUGGAGGAAAUCUGGCGCUUGCUGUUGCACAGAGUGUAGCAGGGACACCGCAUGCUGUUAAGGGCAGUGUUGGGUUUUGUCCAGUUCCACUUUUCGACGCUUAUGCUGGGCCAAACAGGCGGCAGAAUAUGAAGAAUCCGAUGCUGCACCCUAUCCUGGCUGAUAUCCAAUCUUUACCGCAGAACAUGUUCUUUAUUAUUGCAGGUGCGGACAUCCUCCUGCAGGAGUCGCAAGGCAUGGUACAGAAACUAGAGGAGGAGGCAAGGGCAAUUAAUCUGGCAAUGGGUCUCCCUGAGGAGCCUAAGGUCCCGAAUGGGCGGUCUAUUUGUGUUCGGAAUAUUAAAUUUGAGGGACAAUUGCACGGGUGGUUAGAAUGUUAUGCAAAUAUCAUCAAGACCCUCCUUGCUCUAUCCAUGAUCACAAAGGCCGGCAUGCCAAAACACUUCCUGACAAAAGGUCUGAUCAAGGCGCUGUCCAGAGCGCUGAUCAGAUCUGCAGAAGUACUUGCUCUUCGCCCUGAUCUGCGGCCCCCAGCGGUAGCAGACAAACGGCAGAGGGACACACGCCACCGCGAUGCGGCCGAGCAGCGUGCUGGCCCAGGGAAUUCCCAGAGCGCCAAACAUCGAUUUAGCGAAUAG